AUGUUAAGCAAAUAUAUCUUUGAACAAGAAGGGCCAUCUACAUCGCAGCCUAAUCAGUCCAUAUCUAUUCCGUUAAAGCAAUCAUCAAUUGGGGAUUCUUUUAAAAUGUUGAAAUCCUGGGACAUUAAUGAAAAUAAGGCCAAGGAUUUUCACUAUUUGAUUGGCGAAAUAAUUUGUAUAGAUAACCAACCGUACAGCAUUGUGUUGAAUAUUGGCUUCUCUCGUUUAAUGAAUAAAGCUCUCCCAAAUUAUCAGUUACCUUCUGAAUAUUUUAGAGAGAAAAUUGUGCCCGAUAUAUUUGCAAAAUGCAAGGCAAAAAUUAAACAAAGAAUUCACGAAAUGGUGGGAAAAGCGUCUUUUACAUCAGAUAUUUGGAAUUUAAAUUUUAAAGGCCGCUUUAUUCACACCUUGCAGUCUCAACUUAGACACAUAAUUAGAACCUUGGAAAAUCGCGUUAAACAUCCUGAUGAGGUGUCUGAAGUAUUUAGUAAUCCAACUGAAGAAAAUAACGACACUGAUAGCGAUAAUGAACCCCCCACAAAAUAUAUUCGUCACGAUUUGGAAAAUGAAAUAAGUCAACAGUCUUCAGCUUACGAUUUGUUUUGGAAAGCAUAUGAAGAGUUUUUUGGGGAAGCACCAUCUAGAAGGGAUGCAAAUUUGAAAUCAGUAUAUGAAAGGUUUAAAAUGGAAAUAGCUGAAUACAACAAGUUACCUGUACUUUCAGAAAAUAUGAAUCCACUCUUAUGGUGGAAAGAAAAACAUGAUGUUCUGUAUUUUCUGUAUUUUCUCAAGCACUUAUUAAUUUAA